AUGGCGCAGAAACCGCUGACUUAUAAGCAGAAGUCAGGUAUUGCAUUCAUAGAGCAGGAUGAUCCGCCAUUCAUCAAAGAAAUGAAGAAGAAAAUGGGUUACAAAGAGCCGCCGAAGCUCGAAGAUAAGGUCGUUGUACUCGAUCCAGAAACGGACUUGUCACGCGAGGAAAUGAAUAAAGAACUGAUAUCCAAGCAAAAAGAAGAAGACGACAAGAAGAUUGCCGAGGGCAAAAUUACGUUCAAAAAGCCAGUCAAGAGAUCUACCACUGCAGAUGGUAAAGAGGACGUAGAGGAGAAGAAAAAGAAGAAAGAAGAGGUUAAGCAGCCGAAUAGCCGGUUAUUGUCGUUUGGGGAUGAUGAGGAGGAAGACGAAUAA